UUUUUUUUUUUUAAAUCAUCAUCUUUGGUUGAGUAUUUUAAAGAGCCCGGUGCUAUGCUGGGCCCAUCUCUCUAGAUCUUGUGAUCAAUACACGAUCUCUCCUCCCACAUUCGUCCGACCCUGGUACUCACAUCGAGCCCCGACAAUGCAUCCUAACGCAGAGAUGCUGGCGGUGGUCCUUCUGGGGAACUUGAUGCUGCCCUUCAUCUCGGCGCAAAACGCUGGGUUUGAGAAGUCGCCAAUGUCUGAGACUAAGCUUACGGGGGACACCUUUGAGCUGUACUGCAGCGUGGUCGGUAACCCCACUCCAGAGAUCCAGUGGUGGUAUGCGGAAAUCAACCGAGCCGACUCCUUCAAGCAGCUGUGGGACGGAGCCCGUAAGCGUCGGGUAUCUAUCAACACGGCCUACGGCGCCAAUGGGGUCAGUGUGCUUGGCAUUACGCGGCUCACACUGGAGGAUUCUGGGACCUAUGAGUGCCGGGCGAGCAACGACCCCAGGCGCAAUGACCUCCGGCAAAACCCUGCCAUCGCGUGGAUCCGCGCCCAGGCCACCAUUUCGGUGCUACAGAAACCAAAGAUCAAUGCCACUGAUCAGACCAUCCUGCCAGCAGACAGCUCAAACAAACGAGUUAUCCUGCAGUGUAACCUCACAGCUGCCCAUACUCCCCACAAGGACAGCUUCUGGAUGAAGAAUGGACAGGAGAUCCCCAAUACACGGACAGAGCUGAGAAAUACAACAUACAGAAUCACUAAACCACGGGCAGAUGAUUCUGGAGAAUACAUGUGUGUGUACACAUUUAUCAUGGCACCAAAUGCAAAUGCAACAAUUGAAGUAAAAGCAAAACCUGACAUCACUGGCCACAAACGGAGUGAAAAUAAAAAGGAAGGGGAAAAUGCGAUGCUUUACUGCAAGUCUGUCGGUUAUCCACAUCCCGUCUGGACAUGGCAUAAAGUGGAGGGAACAUCCGUCACGGAAAUCGACAACUCCACUGGACGUUUCUUCAUCACUAACAGAGAGAACUACACGGAGCUCAAUAUAUUCGACUUGGAUAUAAACACAGAUCCUGGAAUAUAUGAAUGCAACGCCACAAAUGUGAUUGGGACCACCGCUGAGACCACGAUCCUACGGGUGCGCAGCCAUCUCGCACCACUCUGGCCUUUCCUGGGUGUGCUUGCAGAAAUCAUCAUCCUUGUAGUCAUCAUAGUUGUGUACGAAAAACGCAAGAGGCCAGAUGACUUUAUUGAUGAUGAUGAACCAGCUGGACAAAUGAAAACAAAUUCAACAAACAACCACAAGGACAAAAACAUUCGCCAGAGGAAUACAAAAUAAGCAAUGUACUCAAAUCAGAUGGCUAAACUGCAUAUUUUGAAUAUAUGAAGGUAUCAGAGGUGGAUAAAGUGCCGGACGGUUUUGAAAAAAGCAUAUCUUCUCUCAUUUUAUGAGAAACAAUAUCAGCAUAACACUGGCAACAAAGAGAACAUAACGGCUGUCUUAAGCAUGCCUUAUUCAGUCUUACAUGGAGAUUUCAGGAUGACAAAUAAUGACUAAAACCACCACAAAGGUGUACACAUUUUUAAUGUGCUGUUGAUGUCUCCUUUAUUCAUUUUAUCAUGUCCUCAAAUGAGGUGAUCCCUUUUGUAUUACAUAUCAUGUACAAUGCAUGCAAGAUAAUUACGCAAUAGGAUACUCAGAAUAGACAUUUUCUGUUGUUAUCCCUCGUGUGGCUUUUUUCGCAUCCAGAAUGACCUAUGUUUUUUUUACAGUCAUCCUCAUAUAUAUAUAUAUGUAUAUGUAUAUGUAUAUGUAUAUAUAUAUAUAUAUAUAUAUAUAUAUAUAUAUAUAUAUAUAUAUAUAUAUAUAGUUAGGUAGUUUUAUUCUUGAAAAUUUUAAAUUUGUACAGCAUAUCAUGGUCAUUUAACUAUGUUUGAUUUUGUGACGAGAAGUCCACUUUUAACAGAAUUUUUGUUUUGAAGCAAGGGCUUCAGUGACUGGCAGUAUUUAUUGAGAGUGACUACAAAAAAUGACUACUGUGUGUUUAACUAUCUAAACAAAAAUGAUGUGUAUUAUUUCUAUUUUCUUUCCAGAGUAAUUUAGAUGUCUUGUAUAUGUUGCAGUAUGAGUGUUCAAAUGAUAGGAAAUCUGUAAAAAUGUUUUUUUAUAUCUCCCAAUUUCAUCAAUUGAUUUUUAUUUUUGCCUCUCAUUAACUGUAUAGCAUGGCUAUAAUUCUAUGCAAUAUGUAUUCUUAAAUAGAUAUAUGGAGAGCAGUUUGUUUCACUCAGUGAAGCUUUAAUAUUGUGGGAUCACUUGGAAGUUGGCAUAGCAAAAUUCACUGCUGUAGCUGCAUGACUCCUCUUUCAAUACAAUGUAUCCAUGUGUGUUGCGGUGGAAAAGGACCUGCAUUAAGUUGGGAACAGAGGGACCAGAGCAUAUAGCCACGAUCAAACAUAUGAGUGAGACCAAUAUUUUUUUUCUGAAUAAAAAUGUAAAAAAUGUAGUCAGAAUUUUUUUCCAGGCUCCUUCUGUAAUUGCCUAAAUUCAAUUCUAUCUAAAGUUUUCUCCCAGGCUUUUUACAUUUUAACAAGGAAUAUGUAAUAUAUUUCAGUCAACAUGCUAGUACAGUGAGAAACAUUUCACUGCUACACAAGGCACUGCCUACACAUACUGUGGAAGAAAAAACAGCCAACAAAAACAUCACACUGACUUGACCUUACUGCUUUAAGCUGUUGUUGUGAUUCUUCACUCUUGAAGCAGUUUCUUCAGCUCGCCCUCCACUUUCUCAACAAAUGCAGGAAAACUGGGAUCCAGUAAACAAGCACGCACGACGGUCUCAAAGUCACCUUGUGCCAACAAACUGUGGCAGUACAUUAGAGGCAGGCUCACAGCAGUCUCUCCCAUGAAGUGCUGUGAAAAUCCGAGGAAAAUAUUAGUGAAAUGAAUGAAUGAAUGGAAAGUUAACUGACCAGACUAUGGUAGUGCUCAACGUUUAGUGAAGUUAAAGUAAGGAAAACCCUCUGGCCUCUGAGCUACAUUUACCACAAAAUUCUCAUUAAUAUGUUGAAUAGUCUAUCUUUUAUUUUGCUAGUUGCUAAAUAACUUUCCAUUACAACUAAUACCUGAGCAAGUUCUUUAAGAGACAAUGAGCCCUGGACAACCUCAGACUCAUCUCCAACAGCACUAUCCUGCCACAGAGUGAGACACAAAAGUGGAAAAAAGACAUGACAAACACAGCAUGGCAUACCAGGACACCAAUCAAUGGCGUCAUUAUUAAUUGAAAGACAGCGACCCCUCAAAGUCCUUUCAUCUUCAGUGUGAACUCCUUCAGUGUGUAUGUUGUCUAAAGGUCACAUUCAGCUCCAUGGCUCAGUCAGUUCCUUUUUAGGUCCUUCGUGUUCAAUGUUGUGAAACCUGGGUGGGCUUGGGCUUUUACUGUUUAAAUUCCAGUCAUAAAUAUUACUUCUAACAUUUCAAGAUGGAAGUAAAUACAACUAUUAAGGUACUGCCAGGAAACAGAAGCACGGAAUAACAAUGAAGUACCAUCAAUCUCAUCUGUGUUAUUCGUGAGUAGGAAUUUCAGCUGGCGAGGCACCUUGAUGACAUGAUGACUUUGUUUUUGGUAGACUUUGCCUUCAGGAUUAAAACACUUGUGCUCAUACUCAACCAUUUUACUGUUAAAAGCAAUAUAAGAGCUAUUUUUUCAGUGACUUAAGGGGUAUGCCACUUUGAUGGUUGUAUUUAUAAAUUAAUUAUACUGUUGCUCCCUU